GGACACAUGUACACUUUCAAGGGACGUUAUUUCUACAGCGCAGUUACUGCUCCAUUUUUCAGCGUUAAAAUAUGACUUCAGAAGGGAAAGGUGCUGCUGAUUGCGAAUUAUUGCGUUUAAUUUACCUUCACUUAAAGGAAAAUGGUUACAAGAAAGCUGCAAACGUGCUCAAGAAACGAGUCAUCCAGAGAGAAACUGAAGUGCAAACAACUUUGCACGAAAUAUACUUAGCCUGGAUUAAAAGGACGAAGCAGGAACCUGAGGUGGAUGUGACCCCUGUGAGGAAGGCCAGGCCACCAGGAUCUACGAGAGAGGCUGAGGCUGAGACUAAGUGUGCAGCGUUUGAUCCUACAACCUGCUCAGACGCGGCAGGCCGACACCCAGUGGUGACCAGCGAGACGAGGUCAUCGGACGGUGACAGCGAGGAGGACGCCGCCGUCCAGAUAUCUAGUCUGACAGCCCAGGCCAAGGCCAGGUCUGCCGGUCCAAGCAAGGCUGAAACGUUGACGUCCGCAGCAAGAGUGAAGCCCAGUGGUCCAGAAGCAGCAGUGAGCGCCAGUGAAUCGGACAGUGAAGAUGGGCUUCCAGCAGCUCAGGAGCCAGCAACAAUCCCCAGACCUACCCCUGCCAGACAGCCGCCCACCGAGAAGGACCCUGCUGUCCCCGUGAAGGACAGCCUCUGUGCCCCCCUCCUGCCUGAUGCUGCAGCCUGGCCCCCUGCAGAGGGGGAGGCCGGGACCUCGGAUGUGGAGCGCAGCGCCGAAUCGGCCCGCGAAGGCCCGGCUACACGGCAGGUAUCCAUUAGCCAGCCUUCAGCGACCCCAGAAAUGACUGGCAUAGGGGAGACUUCAGACAGUGACCGUGGCAACAGUGACCGUGGCAACAGUGACCGUGGCAACGCUGAUGCGAGGGAGGAUUCACCUGUCCAGAUAUUCGUGCUUCAGAGACCUGCCAAGCAGACUCCAUCCACCGGGGGCACUGUUGGUCCAGUGAAGCCCCUCCUCUUUCUCUCCACCCCUGUCCUGGCUGGAGCCAGACGCAGGACCCCUGCUGUAGAGCAGGGAAUCGGGAGCUUGGAGCCGGAGAGCAGCGCUGAGUCAGGGGCUGAAGAUCGAGCCGCACAGCAGAAAACUUUGGUGGCACCCAAAGCUAAACCCUUCCCCGCUGCCCCGAAGUCGGCUGUGAGAUCGACCUCCCCAGCACUAGUACAGCCCACCGGCAGCAACCCUGGUCCAAGCACAGCCCCGGCGGAGGCAGCAGGGGGCAACAGUGAGUCGCAAAGUGAGGACGGCCCACCGCUAACACAGGUGCUCUUCACCAAGGCCGCGGGCGGCGAGCCUGCUGAGAAGCCCGUCGAGUGGAAGACUUUGGACAGUGACACGGACAUGGCUGUCCUGGAAGCACCACUGGCCCCCAGUCCUCAGCCAGUGGGCCUGGCAUCCAGCAGUUCAGCCUCUUCCUCUUCUAUAUCCACCCAAAAAACAUCAGUAUUGAUCAAAAAGGACGAGAGGAGGAGUGCAGAUCCGUCAGGCAGGGAGGACGGGGCUCCUGGAGCCAAAGCAAUGUCUGCACCCGCGCUGGGGACCAGCGAGCCCCCCCCCACGCUGGCUGGGGCCACAUGCAGCACCCCUGCUGUAGGGAGGGGGGCCGGGCGCUGGGACACGGAGACCAAAGACCGAGUCGCACAGCAGACAGUCACAGCUGCCUCAAAAGUCCUUUCCAAGAGAACUUUGAAAGCUAGAACCAGGAACCUACUGAAGACUAUUGAGAAGAUCUAUGGUGAUCCAGACUCCUCGGGGAGAAGUGAGACACUUCUUGCAGUUUCUCCAAAAGUUUUAUCGUCUAAGAGCACGAAGAGACUCACCGAGGAUGAAGAGGAAAGUGCAUGUGUUACUGUUAAGGGCAUUUCAGCUGGGUGUAGUUCCCAUUCACCGAUAUUUGUAGCAUCAAAAGACCUGACUUGUGCAGUGGCCACAAGCCUGGAGGACAGUGGGACUGCUGAAGAGGGGGCCUCUCAGUCUCUGUUGGACUCCAAGGAUGCUCCUGUGCAAGGUGGAGAGAAAAAGAAGAGAAAAGGAAGGAAACAGGCCACCUUCCUGCAGCGUACGUCCUUCCCCAGCUCCCCAAAUGCAGAGGCAUGCGAAGCAGCUAAGACCACAACAAUCGGCAAGGACAUCAGCCUUGAGGACUCCACAUCAAAACGUUUGCAGCAGGCCUCUGCAGUGGCGCCACCUAUUGAGCAGGAGGCCAUUUGCACUCUGAAAACCUCGACAGUGGAGGCCAAGGGGAAGAGACGUGCAGAUAAAAUGGACUCCCCGGCAAAGAAGAAAAAGAAGAAGCGGGCAGGAUGCUCAGAGGGGCGAGGCAGAGGUGCUGAAUCUAAUAGCUCCCAGGGUGUAGAGAAACAGGAGACAUGGGCAUUGACUCUUUCAGAUAGCGACACCUCAAAGGAACAUCCGUCGGCUUCUGUGAAUACCGCUCCCACCGUCAUCACCCUAUCCGGAGAAAAGAAGUGGAGGAGGAUGAACAAAAAGAAAAAGAAGGUAAAAUUGGAGGAUGUGGAGAAUGGAAUGAGCGAGAGCACUUGGAAGAUGGAGAAGGUUACACCUGGCAAGGCAAAGAGAGACUACCCUUCUGAGGUUAGCCAGGAACAAGUCACGGUCUCGAGGAAGAUAGUGAGGAAAUCCUCGUCCCUCAAGAGGGCGCUUUUCACUCUCGACACAACCAGCCUGAGCUCCAAGAAAAGGAAGGAGUCCGGUGAAGGCGUCACCUCAAAAUCGGGGCCAGAAAACAAAACCAAGGUGCUUAAAAAGAAAGUCAAGAAGAACAAACAUAAGCAAGCCGAAGCUGGAAGAGAGGGGGUGAAGAUUGCAGGAAGUUGUGAGCCGGUCACUCUAGCUGGGAACCUGAGUGCACUUCUCAGAGUGAAGAGGAGAGAAAAGAAUCAAAUCAAACAGAAGAACAGAAAACGGAAGAAGAUGAAGACAACUCCUUACAGGUUCCUGCUGGACACACUUUCACCCAUGAGGACCAGUCCAGAGCCAGAUUAGGCCACUGAGUGAAAGGAGUGAAAUGGGGAAAACCAGCCUUUGAUUCGUGAUCACAACAGACCACCGAUGUUCAUGUUUAACAUGCAGGUUGUUAUAAAAUGUUCUCAAUAAGAAAAUCUACAAGUAGCAUUAAUGUCUGCGGAAGUUCUGUUAUUCUCGUUACGUUUUCUAAUGUUAUUAGAUUUAGUUGCUAUGUAAAAGAAAUAAAGUUUAUCCGAAACCCUGA